AUGUCCUCUCUAUCUUUAUAUACUGUUCAAGCUUUUUUGAUACUGGAUCAGCAAGGAGAAAGAAUUUAUGCAAAGUAUUACCAACCCCCUCAUAGGUCGGAUGACGGAAACCAGUUGCUCUUCAAUUCAGUGAAGAAGCAGAAAGAGUUUGAGAAACAACUGCAUCGCAAAACUCACAAGCAAGAUUCAGAAAUUUUGAUUUUCGAGGAUCAUUUGGUUCUUUACAAAGAAUACAUUGAUGUAACGAUAUAUUUAGUCUCUUCGCUGGAAGAGAAUGAAAUUGUUUUACAGCAAGGUUUUUCAGCUAUCAGAGGUGCUUUGGAUUUGAUUUUGAACUCAGGCAUGGACAAAAAAAACAUUCAAGAAAAUUAUGAUAUGGUUAUAUUAGUUAUUGAUGAAACCAUUGAUAAUGGUGUUAUCCUUGAAACUGACUCCAACACCAUUGCAUCCAGAGUUUCCAAGCCACCUACAAAUGAACCCCAAAUGGCAUUAGAUUUAGAUAAAGGGUUUUUAGGCGCGUGGGGAUUUGCAAAGAGCAAGUUCCAAGAGAGGUUGCAACAAGGCCUAUGA